AUGAAGCUCUCCAAUCCCGGGACCGUCCCUGUCUACACAAUCUCGGGUGCAUCUACUGCCCGACCGCUCCCAGACUGGCUUGCUCGCAGACGGAAGCGAAGUUUGAAAAAUGACCCGGAAUAUCAGAACCGCGUUGAACUCCUCCAGGAUUUCGAAUUCGAAGAAGCUAGCAACUGCAUUCGGGUGAGCGAAGAUGGAGAAUGGGCAAUGAGCACCGGCACCUACAAACCGCAGAUACACGUUCAUAACCUCCCACAGCUUUCUUUGUCCUUUACCCGCCAUACAAAUUCUCUGAAUCAUUCAUUUAUUCUCCUUUCCUCUGACUACUCUAAAUCGUUACAUCUCCAAACUGAUCGAAGACUCGAAUUCCACACGCCAAUGGGGUGCCAUUACGAGGUCCGACUCCCAAGAUACGGGCGUGGUGUGCUUUACGAUUGCCAUGCUACGGAAGCUUUAGUUCCUGCGGUCGGUUUGGACUCAGAAGGGAAAGGCGAAGUCUUCCGGAUGAAUUUGGAGCAGGGGCGUUUCAUGAAGUCAUACCAAAUCGAGGUUGGCGGUGACGACGAAUUGACUGGAGGCGGGUUGCAGGGUGGUAUUGGCGUUGGAAGUGUCAAUGUCGCCGCAAAUGCAGAAAACACGCACAAUCUUAUGGCAUUUGGGACGUCUAUAGGCACUGUUGAAUUCUGGGACCCACGGACGAAAUCCCGAGUCGCAUUGCUAGCUGGGCACGACGGCGAGAUCACGGCAUUAGAUUUUAGCUCGUCGGGAUUGUCUCUCGCCACCGGUUCUUCAACCGGCAUGGUUCAACUCUUCGAUUUGCGCCGUCCGGUGGCUCUACUCAAGAAGGAUCACGGAUAUGGCUUUCCAGUUAAGAAACUCUUUCACAUGACGAAUUCGUCACAGGAGAAGAAAAUCAUGUCAGCCGAUAAGCGCAUUAUUAAGCUUUGGGAUGAGGCAACUGGCGAGCCUUGGACGUCAGUCGAGCCUGUCGUGGAUAUCAAUGAUGUGGCAUGGUGCAAAAAUACCGGCAUGCUCCUCACUGCUAACGAGGGCAAGCAACAACACGCAUUCUUCAUCCCUCAGCUUGGUCCAGCACCGAAAUGGUGCGUAUUCCUCGACAGCAUGGUGGAAGAAAUGGCAGAGGAGGUACAUACCGAGACAUACGACAACUACAAGUUCUUGACUCUGCCAGAAUUGAAACAGUUGAGUCUAGCUCAUUUGAUCGGCAAGACGAACCUCCUGCGGCCAUAUAUGCACGGAUAUUUUGUCGCUUCCAAGCUUUAUGAGCAAGCUAAGUUGAUUGUCAACCCCUACGCCUGGGAAGAAGAGAGAAUGAAACGCGUCAAGGACAAAGUCGAGAAGGAGCGUGCCAGUAGAAUCCGGGGCACCAAGAAGGUCAAGGUCAACCAGAAAUUGGUUGACAAGAUUCUCAAGAAGCAGGAGAACAGAGAAAAGGUCGACACUAAUGCCGGUAUUUUGGGAGACGACCGUUUCGCAGCGGUCUUCGAGGAUGAAGAGUUCGUGGUGGACGAGACUAGCAAGACAUUCCAGUUGCUCAACCCCAGUGCACAAAUUGAGCAGCCUGUGGAUCCUAAGGCUCCAACCCGUUACCAAGCCAAGGACUCUGAUGACGAAUCUGGAAGCGAAGACGAGAUACGUAAUUCGAGCAAAUCCGGGAAUGACAUAACGAUGAGGGUAUCAUCUACGCAAAACGAAGGUCAGCCUUUGAGAGACACCGCCCUAGGGUCGCGGAUACAGAAAUCAGGACGGGUCACCAAGGCACGGCAGGGCGAUAUCGGCGGCGAGCGUCAGGUUACAUUUAUUCCUGAAUCGAAAAAGAAGAAGCUACAAGAACAAGACCAGCCAUCCCCUCGACAACAGCAAAGAGGCGAGCGGAGGAGUGCCAGCUCCAACACAUUCAGGAGAAUGUGA